GCGGUCGAAAGUCUCGGGCGGCCUUCCGAGGGGUUCCGCCAGUUUCAGCGCGGUGGGCUCUGUCCCAGCCGGAUGUAGUGGCCUGCCCUGGCAGGAGGGGCGGCCCAGCGGGGGUCGUGCCUCCUGGAGCCGCCCCCAGGACGUGAGUCCUGGAGGAGGCGAGGGUUGUUCCAGUUGUUGAGAAGACUAUGAACAGGUCAGAGAACUUGUUCUUUCCUGGUUCCUCAUUAGCAUCCCAAGUUCAUGCUGCUGCUAUUAAUGGAGAUAAGGGUGCUCUUCACAAGCUUAUCAUAGGAAAUUCUGCCCUUAAAGACAAAGAAGAUCAAUUUGGGAGAACACCACUUAUGUAUUGUGUGUUGGCUGACAGACUGGAUUGUGCAGAUACUCUCCUGAAGGCAGGAGCAGAUGUUAAUAAAACUGACCAUAGCCAGAGAACAGCCCUCCAUCUUGCAGCUCAAAAGGGAAAUUAUCGUUUCAUGAAACUCUUACUUACACGCAGAGCAAACUGGAUGCAGAAGGAUCUGGAAGAAAUGACUCCUUUACACUUGACUACCCGGCACAAGAGCCCUAAGUGUUUGGCGCUUCUGCUGAAGUUUAUGGCACCAGGAGAAGUGGAUACACAGGAUAAAAACAAGCAAACAGCUCUGCAUUGGAGUGCCUACUACAAUAACCCUGAGCAUGUGAAGCUGCUCAUCAAGCAUGAUUCCAACAUUGGAAUUCCUGAUGUCGAAGGCAAGAUCCCACUUCACUGGGCAGCCAACCACAAAGAUCCGAGUGCUGUUCAUACAGUGCGAUGCAUUCUGGAUGCUGCUCCAACAGAGUCUUUACUGAACUGGCAAGACUAUGAGGGUCGAACACCUCUUCACUUUGCAGUUGCUGAUGGGAACGUGACAGUGGUUGAUGUCUUGACCUCAUACGAAAGCUGCAAUAUAACAUCUUACGAUAACUUAUUUCGAACGCCUCUUCACUGGGCAGCUUUACUAGGCCACGCACAGAUUGUCCAUCUCCUUUUAGAAAGAAAUAAGUCUGGAACCAUCCCAUCUGACAGCCAGGGAGCAACACCCUUGCACUAUGCAGCUCAGAGUAACUUCGCUGAAACAGUUAAAGUGUUUCUAAAACAUCCUUCAGUAAAAGAUGAUUCAGACCUUGAAGGAAGAACAUCCUUUAUGUGGGCUGCUGGGAAAGGCAGUGAUGACGUCCUUAGGACUAUGCUGAGUUUAAAAUCUGACAUUGACAUUAACAUGGCAGACAAAUAUGGAGGUACAGCUUUACAUGCUGCUGCCCUUUCUGGCCAUGUCAGCACCGUGAAGUUAUUAUUGGAAAAUAAUGCUCAAGUAGAUGCUACUGAUGUCAUGAAACAUACUCCACUUUUCCGAGCCUGUGAGAUGGGACACAAAGAUGUGAUUCAGACACUCAUCAAAGGUGGAGCAAGGGUAGAUCUAGUCGACCAAGAUGGACAUUCUCUUCUACACUGGGCAGCGCUGGGAGGAAAUGCUGAUGUCUGCCAGAUAUUGAUAGAAAAUAAGAUCAACCCAAAUGUGCAGGAUUAUGCAGGAAGAACCCCACUGCAGUGCGCUGCAUAUGGGGGAUAUAUCAACUGCAUGGCCGUGCUCAUGGAAAAUAACGCAGACCCUAACAUUCAAGACAAAGAGGGAAGGACAGCUUUGCACUGGUCCUGUAACAAUGGAUACCUUGAUGCCAUUAAAUUACUACUAGACUUUGCUGCUUUCCCUAAUCAGAUGGAAAACAAUGAAGAGAGGUACACUCCCCUCGAUUACGCUUUGCUUGGUGAGCGCCAUGAAGUGAUCCAGUUCAUGUUGGAGCACGGUGCCCUGUCCAUCGCAGCCAUACAGGACAUCGCUGCCUUCAAAAUCCAGGCUGUCUACAAAGGGUACAAGGUCAGAAAAGCUUUCCGAGACCGGAAAAAUCUCCUCAUGAAGCAUGAACAGUUGAGAAAAGAUGCUGCUGCCAAGAAGCGAGAAGAAGAAAAUAGGCGAAGAGAGGCAGAACAGCAGAAGGGAAGGCUGAGCCCAGAUUCCUGCAGACCCCAAGCUCCUCCCUGUCUGCCCAACACCCAGGCUGAACCCCGCAGGCAGAGCUGGGCGCCCAGCAAACAGCCUCCCUGCAGCGACAAGGCCCAGGGCCCUGAGCGGAAAGCCUGUAGACGGUCUCCAGGCAGAGGGUCUCCAAGCAGAGCCCCCCAGAAGGAGCAGCAUCUCUCCCCAGACUUGCAGAGAACAGAUCCCAGAAAACCAAAUGGGCAGUGCUCUGAGGGAGAGAAGGUGGAAGCUACAGGUCCUCUUGAGGCCCUGGGCUCCAGAACUGUCACAUCACUUAUACCACAUUCUGUUGAUCAGAGCAAUUCACAAGGCCAGCCCAGCUCAAGAGAGUGGAGACGUAGACAUACUGCAAAAUCACAUUUGAAAGAAACAUCCAGAGAACAUUCUAAAGGCCGAUCUGCCUGUGUCCACUUCAGCCCCAGCGAAGGCAGUGAUGGAAACAGGCGUCCAGGAGCCUCCUCUGUCGAGAAGUCCAGAGGUGAGACAGUUGGCGAGCAGCAGUGUGACAAGGGGAAAGGCUCCUUGAAGCAGCCCUCCUGUGUCAGGGGGUCUGGGCCUGCUGAGGAAGGAGAGGACCCCAGCUGGGCAGCUGCAAGCCUUCCACAGCAGGACGGCCACUGGAAGCCCAGCCGGCGGCAGGAUGCAGCACCCAAGGCCAAAUGUGCCUCCCAGAAAAGGCGCAGCCAGGAGCUCAGAGGAGGGAGGCGCUCCCCGGCUGGAUCCAGCCGGCCUGGCAGUGCCAAGGGGGAGGCCGUCCGUGCUGGGCAGAGUCCUCUCCACCACCGGACGCCGAGAAACACAGUGACGCAGGACAAGCUCGCAGGAGGGACCUACUCAGAUUUGCCAUCGAGCACAGAGGUGUUGAGGUCAGGAGUCAGGAAGCUGGGUACAUCCGCCCUGUCGGAGGACACUCAGCUAUCUAAGGAGACUGAUGCAGCACCUGGUCCCCUCUCUGGGCAGAGUGUGAAUAUUGACCUUCUCCCCGUAGAGCUGCGGCUGCAGAUAAUCCAGAGAGAAAGAAGCAGGAAGGAGCUGUUUCGCAAAAAGAACAAGGCAGCAGCGGUCAUCCAGCGGGCCUGGAGAAGCUACCAGCUCAGGAAGCACCUGUCCCACCUUCUGCACAUAAAGCAGGUUGGAACCAGAGAUAUGGACAGAUGGAACCGAGAGUGCAUGGCUUUGAUCCUCCAGGUUUGGAGGAAGGAACUGGAACUGAAACCCCCAAAGACCAUGGCAGUAAGCAGGACCACCAAGAGUCCACCCAAGGGCAGCUCAGGCACCAAGCCCACCAGGCACUCAGUGCUCAAGCAGAUCUACGGUUCUCAAGAAGGAAAAGUACAUCAGCCCACAAGAUCUUCAAAAGCCCAUUCUGUGCUGGGUCUCAACUCAGUGAGCAACUUGCAGUGUAUACACCUCCUUGAGAACAGUGGAAGAUCAAAGAAUUUUUCUUAUAACCUGCAAUCAGCUAACCCAUCAAGAAACAAAACAAAGCUUCGACUGCCUAUGGAGGAAGACUGUGCCCGGAGGGGGCGGUUCUAAUAGCUAGUGCAUAAUUCUCCGAUUAGCUUUUACACUUUGGGAAAACUUUAAUAUCCAUGCCUGAAGGCUUAUUAGCCUGAAAAUGUGGUAACAACUGAAAGAAAUGUGUUUUCUUUCUGCUCUUACACGGCACUGUUUUGUAAAUUCUUAGCCAGUGCUGAAAGGACCAGGGUAGACUAUACCUGUGCAAAGCUGCCCGUGUGCCUACACGUCCGUCAGGACGGCUGGAAAAGAGUGUUUCUAAUAACAGUUAAGUCUAAGUAAAACUAAGGAAGUGAGCACUAAAGACGCUGCUGGGUUGGGAUUUCUCAACGGGUGCAAGCCUGGUUUGUUGGCUCCAGUGAAGAACCUAAAUGAGAUGGGGAGAGCCUGUCCCACAGCAGCUGCCUUCAGUUCACUACUUUUCUGGAAUCUAAUGCAGUGGACUUCAUUACAGACACCAAGUCCUGUUAUUCCAACAACAUAAUCAGUUUUAAUUUUUAGACCAGAGUCAUGACCCAGUGUUUUGCUCUUAGACAUUGUAAGACUGUAAUAGGUAUACUGUUGACUGCUUACAUUUUACAGUUCCCGUGUCAGCCUCUGAAGGCCACAGGCUGCUGCCACGUCCUCUCUGUGAAUGGCGUUCCUUCUGCUGAGCACCAGCAGUAUCACAGCACCAAGGCCUCAGUCGGGAAGGUCUACAGACCAGACAGACAUUCAUGCACGGGGUGCCAAUUCAGGCCUUAACCUUCCACUUGUAUUUUCUGCUUGACCUGCAGAGGUGAGCAACCUUGUCAAAAUGCUGUUCCUUUGGCAUGGGAAACUGUGCUAACUAUGCAUUCUAGCUCUCUAAGAACACAUGGUUUAAAUAAAAUCCAGUGAUUGUGGGCUUUUUCACAUUUUUUAAGGGCAAAACUACUAGGAAUGUAGACAGGCAGAAACAAUGGCAUAUUAGGCUCACAAAUAUUUCUAGAACUGCUUGCAUUUUAAGAUUACUGCCACCCCUGUCCUGACAGUAAGAAAUUGGAAGCAAUAAAGUGUUAUUUAAUUACCUGGA